AUGUGUAAAGUGAAUGAUGCAAAUGUGAAACUGUCACUGUACAACUUCAUUGAUAAAAUAUACUUGGUAAAUUACGACUGUCGGAAUGUUUGGUUCGAUAACAACAGAAAAUACAUUCAUCGGACAACUGCUCUAACUGCAAAUAAUCUUCUGAAUCAACACUUUGGAUUUGUCAGAGGAACUCAAAUGAAAACGGCGAUAGAUAUCAGCAUCCUGGAGGUUGAAGGAUUCCAUCAACCAGUUGUGAUGAAUCAUCGUGUACCACCGGAACAUCCAAUGAAUAGUUUCGUUUUCGCCUAUCCGGAAGAUAAACUCUACUGCAGCAAAGAAAUAAUGGAUAUAAUCUGCGAAAUGAAUUGUGAUCGAAAGGUGUCUGCAGCUGGACAAUUCCAACUUCACAUAGCAUCAAGUGAACCCCUCGAAGAGUUUCUUGACUGCCUCUACGGGUCCCCAAUACCGAUCCAUGGUCUAGGAAGGAUCAAAGAUGUUUUGAAUGUCGCUGAGCGUUUUAAAAUGAGAGCAGUUAUUCAAAGAUUUGCCACUGCGGUGAUCCAAAACGCGGGGGUAAAUGAAGUCAAGCAGGAAUUUUUGAAGUUAGCAGUUCAACGUAACAUGAGAAGAGUCGUUCACUUUUGGUUGAGCCGGAUGCAAUCAAUCAAUAAAGAAGACAUCGUGAAUUUGGGUGUUCAUAGAAUGUCAGGAGAGAUUAUGAAGGCAAUUGUGAAAAGAGUUCUGGAGCUGGGAUGUGAGUAG